AAUUUAAAUUAUCCAUUGCUUAUGAUGAUCAACACGUUGACAAGUCAGAAGAAACCUUAUUCAAGUUGUCUAAGCUUAAGCUAUUUUAAUUCUGUUUCUUUGCUUAUAUAUAUACCCGUCUCUGAUAUGAAUAACAAGAAGGGAAAUAAACAGUUUUUGAUUAAUAUGUAUGUGACAAGGCCUCUCUCUCACUACAUAAGACUUCCAGAAUCUCUUUCAUUACCCCCUGAAGGUCCCAAUUCUGGUUAUUUAGUAAUACAAGAUGAAGAAUCUGAGACAUAUACAUGUUUUGGAUUGUGCAAGGACCGCUUCCUUGCAGACCUGCCGUUCCCUCAGAACAAGGAUCUAACCAUGCGAUAUUCAUCAGGGGCAGGCGAGCACGAGACUGUAUUUCAUGACGGUGUUUCCUUCAUUCCAGUCCUUAAUCUGCCAUUGUCUUCUAAUCGUUAUUAUGCGAUAAAGCCUCAUGGGAAUCAUAAAGGGGAAGCAUACACUUCUUCAAGGGAGGAAGACAUGGCCACUUGCUGUUUUUGCCGUUGCAUCCGAGAUGUAAAAUCAAGACCAUUGGAUCCAGAUGACAGGUAUCAGCAAUUUGAUAUUGCUCUUUAUGAAAAAAGUUGCAUUGCCAAGGGUCAUUUUUAUGCCAAGUCGGUAGCACCUGAUGGCUUCCCCCCUCACUUCUUGAGGAGAAAAGGGUGGCAAAUUUAUGGGAAAACUCCCAAAAACUACAAAUUAGGCGAAGCUCCAGGCCUCAAUGCUGCACUCCGAGCACGCCUGCCAGAAUUCAACUUCCCAAUGUCCUAUAAAAGCUCUGAAAGCGUCGUUGUGGGGAAAUGGUAUUGUCCUUUCAUCUUUAUCAAAGAUGGAAAUUUGAGAGAUCAAAUGAAAAGAUCGAUGUUUUAUGAGAUGACACUCGAGCAAAGAUGGGAGCAGAUUUUCGCAUCUGAGAAUAAUUCCAGAGAAGGGAACAGUGUGUUUGUCGAUGUUUCUGUUCAAACAAAAGUUGUCUCUGUUGUUCCUGGCAAGGAAGCCGUGUGGAAUGAGAGAGAGGUGGACGAUGGGGCGAUAUGGUUCAGGAAUUUUGGCAAUGUAGGAGAGGGAGUAAGUGUGGGAUUAAGGGUAGAAAUUGUUGAGAGAAUGAAAUGGGAGCAAGAAAGAGCAGGCUGGGUUGGUGGGGAAGACAGGCAAGCAAGGGUGAAGAGAGUGGAGGAGUUUGGAGGCAUUGGUGGAUGGAGAAAAUUUGGAUGCUAUGUGUUGGUUGAGAGGUUUGUGUUGAAAAGAAUGGAUGAAAGCUUGGUGAUGACUUGUGAUUUCAAGCACACUCAUCAGAUCAUAAGCAACUGGGAGUGAAGUUAUGUGUUAUCUUGUUUCAUACAUAUUCAAAAGCUCUGUGUGUGUUGUUUAGGGAAUGUCAAUGUUUUAGAGGCCUUGUUCUGGUUUAACUUCAAUUUUCAGUUCACUUAUUUAAGAUGAGAUUAUGUCAAUCUGUCAUUUGAAUUCUAAAUUUCAUUUUUUUUUCUUCGUAGUGUUGGCUUCAGAAACACUAAGUUGGUAAUAUAACUUGUGAUUCUAGGUCAAUGGGUAUGUAACCGAUAGUGAACAAUAUAUUUUAUACUAUACAAUGGUGUAAUCUUUCGUUGUUUGACCUUGACGCAUGAAAGUUACGAAGUUGCUUAGUUCAUAUUUUUCUUUCUUUUUUGUAUCUGAAUAG